GCUGUACCACGUGAGUUCUCUUGACGGAAAAGAUGGCGGAUGCAGGGUUUUUCAGAGGAACAAGCGCAGAGCAAGAUAAUCGUUUUCGAGACAAACAAAAGAAGCUUUUGAAGUCUAUAAAGUUUGAAAAUGUCUUGGGGCAAAAGGUCGAUAUGGAGAAAGUCAACCUGGAUGUUUUAAAACCAUGGAUAACAAAGCGUAUUACAGAGAUUUUGGGUUUUGAAGACGACGUUGUCUUGGAGUUCGUCAUGAACAUGCUUGAAUCUGAAAAGCACCCGGAUCCCAAGUUAAUGCAGAUCAAUAUCACUGGUUUCCUGCAAGCCAAGAAUGCAAGGAUCUUCAUGGGAGAGCUAUGGGAAUUGUUAGUCAGUGCACAGGAAAACAUCGGCGGGAUACCAUCCGAAUUCCUGGAAAAGAAAAAAGAAGAAAUAAAACAAAGAAAGCUUGAACAAGAGAGAAUCCAAGCUAAUCUUAAAAAGCAAGGAGAACUUUUACAAGCAGAAGCAGACAGCACAGGUGUUGAAGAUACUCAGAAUGGCAUGGGUGCUGAUGAUACUAACCUGCCAGAAGAGGUGCGUAAGGCAAGAAAAGCUGCAUCCAAGCUAGCUGAAAGCAUGGGCGACACCACUAGCCAGGGAGUGGUGGGGGAACAAGGUGCAACCACUGCCGAGCCCACAGAGAAAACAGAGAACAAAGGUACAAAAGCUGAAAGGGUGGGGAAUGAGGAUUCUGGCUCUCGGAAACAUAAACGAAGAUGGAGUUCUAACAAAGAGAGCUCUGAUGGACUGAAAUCACCAGAGAAGGGUCAUUCAAGGUCAAGGUUGAAAAGAGAUACACUAUCCCUAACUAGUGAACAUUCUGAAAAAGGAAAUCUUAACCCAAAGAAUGAAUCUCAUGAAUCAAAAAAGAAAGAAUCCGAGAGCUCAAGUCUAAGUAGAAAAGAGGCCAGAGCCAAAAGAUUUGGACUUCAAGUAGAAAAAAGCACUAGAACACCAAAAUAUGAUAACCUACUAAGAUCAUCGUGUCAUCCUUGUAAUGCUGCUUGUGCAGUUGAUCGGGAAAAACCCAACUGGGCCAACACCCACCUCCAAUACUGCUCUUUAGCCAAGAAAUCUGGUACUAAAAUUAUUCUAGUUGGAGAUUCCAUGGUCAAAGGGCUAGCCCGCUAUCCUCGCGUGUGGAGAUAUUACUUUGCUAGACUUGGUGCUUUGAACUUUGGAAUUGGGGGCGAUCGAACUCAGCAUGUUUUAUGGAGGCUGCAGAAUGGAGAAUUGGAAUGUACCCCAGAAAUCAUCGUGAUACACUGCGGCACAAAUAAUGUCAAUCAAGACUCGGCAGAAGAUAUAGUAAGGGGUAUACUUGCUAUAGUAGAUUUCAUAUCUGCUAAGACUCCUUAUUCGAAGAUCAUCGUAACUGGCAUCCUACCCAGAGAUCUUUAUCCUUCUUUUCGCCGAACGAAAAUUACCGAAGUUAAUUCCAUCCUUGAAGAAAUUAUCGACCUAUCAGAUGACCAGAAGUUCAACCAUGUGUACUUCCUGAGACCAGAUAGUGAUUGGAUAUUAGAUGACGGCACCAUUGAUGAAUCACUUUAUCAUACAGAUCAUCUACACUUGAUUGAAGCCGGUGACGAAAAGUUUUCCAAGGCAAUCGUUAGUCUUAUCAACAAAGUUCAGGGCUCUAAAACAAAGGAAAACUCUAUUAAAGAUAAAGAAGAAAGAGAAGAAAAAGACAAGAAUAGUAGAAGAUCCAAAUCCAAGUCUCCAGAUAAGCGUCAUCGUAGUCGAUCUCAUUCAUCCCGCUCCAAGUCUUCCUCUUCACGUUCCCGUUCACGAUCCAAAAGUCCUCUCAGACGAAAAAAAUCUUGGUCAUCGUCUCGCUCAAGGUCACGGACACCACCAAGACGCAGACGAUCCCGUUCUUAUUCACCUCGGCGCAGGUCUCCCUACAGGUCUCCCUACAGGUCUCCCUAUAGGGCAUCUCGUUAUUCACCAUACAGGAGACAAGGAAGACGGGAUUCGCCACCAAGUCGAUGGCGCCCUCCUCCACGACGACGUAGAACACCCGAAAGAAGGUCAAGGUCAUUUUCCCCAAGAAGACGGGCACGUCCAUCUCGCUCAAGGUCUCCCGCACGCCGUAAACCAUCUCCUGCUCGCUCUGAAUCAUCCAGAUCACGUUCACGAAGCUCAAGCCCAGAAAAAUCCAAGUCCAAGUCGAGAUCUCCCAGCCCGCCUAAAACAAGCGAGAACCUCAAAACCAAGACCACCCCGUCCCCUCCCCCCUCACAUCAUCGCUCUGAGUUCAAGAAAACAAAAGAAGAGGAUUCACCUGUAAGACAGCCAUCCUUGUCACCUUCACCGUCACCUAAACCAGAAGAGAAGGAAAAGUCCCCGGCGAUAAUACCUAAAUCUUCCAAGACGACGAGUCGUAGAUAUCGACAAAGAUCAGCACGCUCCGAAUCAAAAUCCGACUCGGAUUCUGAGUCAUCACCAGAACGAAUGAAAAAACGCUCGCCAUCCCCUGCCGAACGAAAGCGAAGAACCCCCGAGGAUUCGCCGAGGAACCGAAGACCCAGGGACGAAUACCCGAGGGAUCGUAGAAGGAGGAGUCCCAGUGAAUCUCCUCGUGAUCGACGAAGACGAUACAAUUCACCGCCCAGACGAAGACCGCGCUUUUCACCACCACGAAGAAGAUAUUCACCAUCACCUCCGAGAAGACGACGACGCAACGACAGCCCUCCGAGAAAAAGUACUUCACGUCGAGAAGAAACACCUUCCCCUAGUCCCUCUCCGCCUCGAGUAAGACGUAGCCGCGAAUCGUCACCAAGAAGACGACAACAAAGACGGAGAAGCUCUACACCACCUCCACGAAGGCGACGAACAAAUUCUCCUCCAAAACGCAGAACAAGAUCCCCUUCUGCUAAAUCAGAUUCCUCCUCACCCUCCCCUCCCAGGAAGACAAACACGCGCCAGUCUCCCACGAGAAGACGAGACUCGCAAAGACAACAAUCUGUUAGUGAAUCCCCACCUAGAAGAAAACGCGCUGACAUACCCGAAAAGAAACGUAACGUUAGAGAGAGAGAAAGUUCAUAUUCCUCGUACAGUGAUUCUUCACCUCCUCCCAAAAAAAGAACUGACGUGUCGCCAAAAACACGCGAUACGAAAAGAGAGAGGUCGGGUUCUCCAGCCCCUAAGAGAAAGUCCCCAAGCCCUUCCAAGAACAAGGCAGUAACCAAGAAGCAAGAGAGAGGAAGGAGAGGUCGAUCUCGAUCUCCUUCGCCGUCGGUUAAUAAACGUGUUGCGUCCGAGGAUGAGAGACAGGCCAGGAAACCUUCACCUAAGCGUGACCGACAUAGACAGAGAAGAUCAAGAUCAAACUCUAGAUCUCCGCCAAAGAGACGACGCGUGGAUCGAGACUCGAGUUCUUCGUCAUCUCCGGAGUCGCCACUACCCUCCAAGACAAAGGAAAGAGACUCAACCCAAACAUCCAAAAAAUCAGAGGACCUGAGAAGAUCUACAUCUCCCAAACCUUCUUCCACUUCCAAGAGAAAAGCAAAAGAAAGAUCCCAUUCCCCCGAUGCUGUGCGCCAAAGCCCGCCAAGGUCAAGGUCGCAGGAGGAGAGACAAAGAAGAUCCCCGAGCGUCGAGAAAAGGAGAGAGUUGCCAUUGAAGAAGAUUACUAGGAAAGAAUCGAGUGAAAGGGAGGAGAAGCCUGAACAGGAGAAAAGGGACAGUGUUUCGCCUGCAAGGGAGCCUUCUGUGGAAAGUGAAGGGCAAAAAGAAAAACACAAAAAGAAGAAAAAGCACAAGAAACACAAAAAACAUGGUGCGUCCAAACACAAGCGAAAAGACAAACAUAAGCACAAGAAACAGAAACCAGCGAAAACCAAAUCAUCUGAGAACUCAGAAAGUGAAAAUGAACCAAUGGAAGAGGAACCGGAAGUAAAAGGAAAAGGAAAACCGGAAGAAGACGGUGAAAACCUAGAAAAACAACUCCGAGAAAAAGCUCUUCUCUCGAUGCGGAAACACUCGCGUCAGUACGAUUCGGACGAUGAGUAAACCACCAUCUUUCAUUAGUUUUAAGACUUUUCAAUUACUCUUGCAUCCAAACCACAUCUAAGGUGUUUGCAGAAAGAUUUCCCUGUGCAGUAUUCAAGUUUUAGUAAAUGUAAGAUCUAAAGUAGCAGUAUAGUACUUGAUAGUUCUUAUGAGAAUUUCGACCAGAAGCUGUAGCAAAAGUCUUGAUUAGUAUUUUCGAGAGAAGAUUUUGAUGAAGAAAAUCGCAUACACCAAGGUACACCAUGGAAAUAUCUCUGGUAAAGUUGGUAAACCCACAAGUUGUAUCAACCAUUGCUCAAAGUAGAAGCAAGUUCUGCGCAAUCAAAAAUAACCGUUUUCGGUUUAAAAUAAUCAAUUUCAUGCGACCUGUCAUUCCCUUGAGUAUGUUUUUAUUGAUUCCAGGUAUCUCUUGAAGCAUAAUUAGGUAAUAGAAGCGUAGGAGGCUAUUCUACUGAAGUGUUUUCUUCUGGAACUUGCACUACCCUUGCGCGAAUUUAUUUUAUUUUAAAUUUUAUUGUCAAAUCUAAAGCGGUUCUCAAAGGCAUAAAAAAUACUGGAGAAGGAAAAACAUAAGGAGACGAUGCAUUAUAUUAUAUCUGAAUUUUAUCUCUAUUUUAGGAACUUAGCGUAAAGUUUAUUCGUCUUAUCGAUGGAAUACUAAUAGCAAAGACGUAGGUUCUGACAAGCAUCUGCGCAAUAUUCAGACCACAAUCUUCCAGCAUAUUGAAGGAAAGUUUUUCUUAGUUGUCAUCCAACAUGGCGGAACAUGGUCACGUGACUUGUCAGAUCGGCAGUUGUAUUAUAUAUUCUCCAGGACUUACGUUCUGCCUUAAGCCCCGUUUACACUGCCGAUUUUUGCUGCAAUUUUUGUGUCAAUUUUCGGAAAUAUGAAAAUUUUUUUCUCAUCCUUCAAAAGAGACAUUCGUCUAGGAAAAUCUUGGUAUCCUGAAAAAAAAAAACACUUUACGAGUAAAUUCUUUACCAUUAUUUAUUAUGGACAAAAUCGCAAAAAAAUCGCAGCAAAAAUCGCAAAAAAAACGCUAGUAUAAACGGGGCUUUAGAUUUAGUAACCUAAUAACAGACGUCUUUCGGAUCUGUCACGCAACGUUUCCCUCCCCACGAACGGGAAACGUUGCGUGACACCCUAAGAACGUAGCGUAGGAGGCUAUAGCUUUAGUUGUACGAAAAAAACACAGGCUUCACUUACUUGACUUCCUGUGGAUCUUGGAGAAACAGGAAGCCCAAACAGGACAAAGUCAUCUUGUAUAAACAAGCUAUCUGAUAUGGCCUUGAGAGGCAUGUAUGAUAUAAUAAAAUGACUAAGCAUU